AGUGGGAAAAUGGGCUUUUAAACCUCUUUCUCUUGCUGUUGGUGUCUCUCCUGUAGCUGCGCCACGAGGCCUGUCUCAUCAUGGCAGUAAAAGCACUGCAACGGAUGCUCUUCUGUGACCUUCCCUACCUGACUUCCUUCUUGGAGAUAGCCCUGGCCUUUGGGAAUAACUUCUGGGCUCUGAGGCUGCUACUGGAGCACCUGUCCUACGAAAAGCACGUUCUCCAUGGCACUGUCUCCCUGAUUCUGAGAGACCUCAGUCAUCAGAAAGCAACAGUCCUAAAACUGUGGCAGAACCUCGGUGCCCAGUACGUGGGCGAGUUCCUGUGCCUGUUCCUGACCUGCAGGCACCAGGAGAUGCAGAACAUUGGCCUCUUCACCCUGAACAUCAUCACAGAGAACCUGCACAUGUGUCCGUGGGCAAAGCAUCUCAGCACCUUUUUCCACAAUUCAUGGAAGAAGGAGGUGGAAAGCCUCAAGUACCAGCUGGCCUACAAGAGGGAGAUGUCCUCCAAGACAAUACCUGAGUGA